AUGUAUAUGUUUCAAAACUUUGUAAAUUAUUUAAAAGGACAAGAUAAUAGUAGUAAUAAUAAUAAUAGUAAUGAUGAUGACCAAGAUGAGGAGACGGAGGAGUUAGAUUUAACUCUUAGUUUACCAUGGCCAAUCAUUGAAAAGAUCAUUAGACUUGCAUUUAUUGGGUACAAUGUGUGUACAUGUAUACAUCAUAAAGAGAUGAAAGAUAUGUUUUUACAAUCGAGGUCAUUGGCCACCGGCUCAAUGUAUUACUCGGCACUGACCAUGCAACCAAUGCUCCAACACUGGGCACUAAAGAGAGAUGACAUGUGUUCUCUUCAUCGUUACUACCACGACAAGGGCAAUGUACCAGCAUUUAUAUUCACACGGUUACAGCUAACUGGUGGUGGUGGACAUUUGGCAAGAGGCAAGUCGAUUGGUAUGGGGUGGAGACUGUCUCUUGCAUUGGUCUCUAGGAAAAUGUUUGCACUAGUGUCACGCGAAUAUAUAUACUCUUCUGACAUUGUAUUUUAUUUGGAUUUGUGGAGAGUUUAUAAUUUAAAAUACGGUCUAUCAAAGAGACCUUCCAUUAUUACUAUCAAUCAUUUUGAAUUUGGUGGUGGUGGUGUUGGAAACAUUGACAAAUCAAUCACCUCUCAUCUUUCAAUAUUACAACAUGCCAAUGAAUUGAUAGUGGAUGGUGGACGUGAAAGUACGAUCAACUUAGUGAUUUCACAGAUACCAUAUCUUUCCAAACUGACUGUCAGGUGUAACUUGGAACCUACCAUGUCUCAAUGGAUCAGUCAACUAAAACACCUAACAACUGUCGACUUUGUAAAUUUCCCUCAACAUCAAAGGGUUGAAAGAUUUUUAAAAGAAUUGAAUCCAUUGAAAUGUCAUCCAACCAAGAUCUAUGUACCCUAUAAACUAGACUUUAAUUGGAAUAGUUUACAUGGUGAUAUUAAACGGCGGUUGGUUGGUAUCACCUAUACAAAAGAUUCGGCAGAGCUGGUUCAAGGUGAUUUCCCACGUCUACGACAUAUAAAUGUGAAAAAAGCCAAGGGUCAUCUGCCAACUUCACCAGCCAACAAAAUCAAAACCAAACAAUGGAUAAGAAAAGAUUUUGUACUAUCAAAAAAUUAUAAAUCCAUUACCAUCAAUGUUAUGUUUUUAGAUUCGCUCAGCAAAAUAUUAGAUUAUAAUUACCAGGCAACAAAUUUAUCAACGAUUAAAAUUUAUACAGAUAAUGUAAUUUAUGAUAAUGAUAUAAUUAAAAUGAAUCAAAUGGGUUAUAUCUAUAAAGGUUCAAUAUCAUCUAUAAAAAAAAAAAGAAACAAAAUUAAAUUUAUUAAAAGUAAUCAAACAAAUCAAAGUCAAAAUCAAAUUAAUCAAAAUCAUGUUAAUCAAAAUAAUAAUCAAAAUAAUCAAAUUAAUAAUCAAAUUAAUAAUAAUAUUUAUAAUAAUAUAAUUAUUUUACCAAAUAUAAUAUUAUAUAAAAUAAUAAUGAUGGUUUGGAAAUCAAGAGAAUUUUGUACUUGUAUGGUUGAUCAAAAUUGGAAGAAUAGAUGGGACAAGGAACAACAUGGAUUAUUUAAUAAUCAAAUAUUGAUCGAUCAAUAUUGUAAGAUUAAAGAAAAUUGUCCAGUUCAUUUCUCGAGUGUGACACCGUACCAACCACUCACGGUCGAUAAAGAAAUGAUGAAUCAUUCAAGAUUACAAUUAUCACUCAUCAACAAGGAUAUUUGGAGUUUUAUAGCCAACCGUUUAUUCAUGUCUUUUGACUUGUCCAGAUUAACCUUGGAUGACAUUAUCAAGAGACAGCGGAAUCCAUGCAGUUUGGCAUUCAAGUGUAUUAGGUCGGUAUCGAUUACAAAUAGUUUGUUGGAUAUGGAGAUUACAGAGCAUUUAAAAACUGUUACCAAACUACACCUAGAGAUUACUGAUUCAUCAGCAUUGGGAGUAUACGUGUUGGAUCGUUUUCCCAAUCUAUCGAGUCUUGUCUUGUCAAGAAAUGCAUAUUUUAGAGAGAGUCCAAUUGACACUGUUCUCAUUUCAAAAUGUCAAUCUCUUACAAAUCUGACGGUAAUUGGAUGGGGUCGAUCAGAAUUCAAUGCAGAGCCACUCGAACAAUUAAAAGGACUAAGAAAAUUAAUCCUUUCAAAUGAUCAAUGGUACGAUCAAUUGUCACCAUCGUUUAGACGGCAAAUCACAUCGACAAUGAUGGAUGACGUAUCAUCGCUCGUUACACAAUUUCCAAAUAUUCAACAAAUUCAAUUCCCCAUCCAACAAAUUAAACUUAAAUCAACAAUCACACGUACGACUAUUAUCAUGACUAUUGACCAAGCCAAAAAACAUCCAUUCCCACUGCUAUUUGAAUUAUUGUCUAGUAUUCUUAAAAUGGAUAGAUUAGAUCUAGAUAUUAGAGUACAAUUGCCACACGCUCGAAUAUCUAGGUUUGAAGAAUUGAUGGCAUUGGCAAAUCACCUAGAUUUACAAAUCAUUGGUUCUAAAAUGGGUAAAUCUAAAAAUACUUCUUUAAUCUUUUUAAAAAGAACAACAAAAUAA